AGAGCCAUCACUAGGAUUCAGACGGCCGAUCCACGAGUGUCUUAAUUUUGGAAAUAGUCGAAUUAAAUCGUGAUAUUUUCUAUCAGGAGGACACAUGGACGUCGCACUGGCCUCUCCAUCAGUAAUGGCGCCCACUGUUUGCUGCUCUCGAGGCUUUACCUGGUGAAAAACUGUAAGGUUGACCUGUCACCUCCCCAGAUGUGGCCGCUACCUCUGUUGAGACUUCUGUUUAUGAACAGCGAAGAUGCUCUGAUUGGACGUCUGUGGCUGGGCCUGGAGGGAUGACAGGACUUUAGCAGACAUGGAGACAGGAGAGACACACCAACAGCUGGAGUAUUCACGUAGUCUAGACUCUGCACGUUAAUCCACUCAGGAUAAGAGAGAAAAAAAACUAUUUUUAUAUAUUUUAUUUGAGCAGUUUUUGUUAGUUAUUGUUAAGCCAUACAGCUGUCAGCAGCAGACGUCAGGAUGAGCUCUGAGGGCUUUCAGUACCGAGCGCUCUACGACUACAAGAAGGAGCGGGACGAGGACAUCGACCUGCAUGUAGGAGACAUGCUGCUGGUCAGUAAAGGAGCGCUGCUGGCGCUUGGCUGCAGCAACGGAGCCGAAGAACGGCCAUCAGAGAUUGGCUGGCUGCCUGGCUUCAAUGAGACAACACAGGAGAAAGGCGACUUCCCGGGGACGUAUGUGGAGUUUGUCGGCAGAAAGAGGAUGUCACCGCCUACUCCAAAGCCCCGCCCACCGAGGCCUCCUUCUGCAGCGUCAGUUAGGACCGACUCAGAGUCAGAGGGCUUCGUGCUGCCUGAUCUCCCAGAGCAGUUUGGACCCCCGGACACGGCCCCUCCACUCCUCAGCAGACUGAUGGAGGCUGUAGAGACCAAAGGUCAGGAUAGUCCAGGUGUGUAUCGCAGUAUGAGCGGAGGAGGGUUGGACACCCGGCAGUUGGCCGACACCGACCUGGAGCAGCUAGAGGUGUCGUCCCUGUGUGAUGGGGUCGUCCGGUUUCUGCAGGAUCUCCCUGGUCCAGUUCUCCCCACAUCCCUGCAGGCAGACAUGAUGCAGGCAGUACAAGAGGUGCGGGACCUGGAGGACUGUGCUCAGGUGCUGCGGGGGGUGGCUAGCUCUCCAUCCUGCCCGGCUCAGUACGGUCUGACCCUCCUCAGCGUGGUCCGACACCUGGCCCGGCUCUGUCUGCAUGGCUCCAGGAACCAGCUGAGCCCCCGAGUCCUGGCUGAGAGCUUCAGCCCGCUGCUGUUCAGGCAGACUGCAGGGUCAGACUCCAGCCUGGAUCCUCUGGUUCAGGUUCUAGAGGUUUUGAUAACCAGUGAGCUUAACAUGAACCAGGCUGCGCCAGCGUUGCCUCCUAAACCCGUCAAACCUCCGACUCCAGCUCCUUCCUGCAGCUUUAACAACAGCAUCUCCCUGCAGGACGCCGAGUGGUACUGGGGAGACAUCUCAAGAGAGGAGGUGAACGAGAAGCUGAGAGACACUGCUGAUGGUACAUUCCUGGUCCGAGACGCCUCCACGAAAAUGCACGGAGAUUACACCCUGACUCUGAGGAAAGGAGGUAACAACAAACUGAUAAAGAUUUUUCACCGGGAGGGGAAGUAUGGCUUCUCUGACCCUCUGACCUUCAGCUCAGUGGUUGAGCUCAUCAACCAUUACCGCCACGAGUCGCUCGCUCAGUACAACCCCAAACUGGACGUCAAGCUGCUGUACCCGGUCUCCAAACACCAGCAGGACCAGGUGGUGAAGGAGGACAGUAUCGAAGCUGUGGGGAAGAAGCUCCACGAAUAUCACCUUCAGUACCAGGAGAAGAAUCGAGAGUAUGACCGACUGUACGAGGAGUACACCAGGACCUCACAGGAGAUCCAGAUGAAGAGGACGGCCAUCGAGGCGUUUAACGAGACCAUAAAGAUCUUCGAGGAGCAGUGUCAGACCCAGGAGCGGUUCAGCAAAGAGUACAUCGAGAAGUUUCGUCGAGAGGGCAACGACAAGGAGAUCCAGAGGAUCAUGGAGAACUACGACAAGCUGAAGUCUCGGAUCAGCGAGAUCGUAGACAGUAAGAGACACCUGGAGGUGGACCUGAAGAAACAAGCGGCCGACUACAGAGAGAUUGACAAGAAGAUGAACAGCAUCAAACCAGACCUGAUCCAGCUCCGCAAGACCAGGGACCAGUACCUCAUGUGGUUGACGCAGAAAGGAGUCCGUCAGAGGAAGCUGAACGAGUGGCUCGGCCUGAAGAACGAAACCACAGAGGAUGAGUACAGCAUGGUGGAGGAUGAGGAGGACCUUCCUCAUCACGACGAGCGUCUGUGGCGUCUGGGGAACAUUAAAAGGGACCAGGCGGAGGCUAUGCUCCGCGGGAAGAGGGAUGGGACGUUCCUGGUCCGAGACAGCAGCAAGCCGGGCUGCUACGCUGCCUGCUCUGUGGUGGUCGAUGGCGAGGUGAAACACUGCGUCAUCAACAAGACCAGCACCGGUUUUGGUUUUGCCGAGCCCUACAACCUUUACAGCUCUCUGAAGGAGCUGGUGCUGCACUACCAGCACACCUCGCUGGUCCAACACAACGACUCACUCAACGUCACACUGGCCUAUCCCGUCCACAGCCAGCAGAGACGGUGACUCCAGCGCUGCCUCCUGUUUCAGCGUGGACCAGAUCUCGUUUACACACUCGACCCCCCAGAGAAAAACACGACUCACCGUCACCGACUCUCUUUACUGAUCACGUGAGCUGCUCAGGUGCUGCAGAUCAAAAACACAAACCAUCACGCUGAAAACAAAGCUUUAUGUUGUGUUAGAUGUUUCUCAUAUCACAGAGGAGUUGACGCCAUAUUUCACUGUGGAGGGCACGGCGUGGAGCUUUACCUUGCUCUGAGGAGACAAACUUUAAAGAUGGCUGAGAUUAAAGCCUAGUAUUUAAAGACUGACAUGUUCUACUCACAGCAGAGAUGAGGAGACACUUCAGGACAGGAUCACAUGGGAAAUCCUCUUUUUUUUCCUAAAAGAUUUGAGCAUUUCUAUGACAGAAGAAGCUGACUCAGCUUAUAAAGCACCUUUAAUCCUUGAAAAGCAUGCAGCCUUCACAAAGCAAAUAAAAGAAAGUAAAAGCCACAGUUUAAAAAAGUAAAGAAAAUGCAAUAAGGAUUAAAUUAGCAACAAUGAAAAAUACAGUAAAUAACUAUAAGUUCACUUUAGGCUAAUCUUAAAUAAGACACAUAGGGUGUAGUUAUAGAAAAACAAAUACUAAAAACAAGGAGAGCUAAAAGAAAGCAGCCUAUUAGAAUAUGUUUAAAUUGACCUGGGGCUCUACACUACCUCCUCUCCAGCCCUGGGCUCAUCUGGCCCUGUGAUAAAUCCUUAGCGCCCUACAUGCCUAAAACUUUAGCACAUGACUGUAUACAGACACUAAAGGCCGGCUCAGACUAAACGAAUUAAGCCAGAUUUAUGCCCGACUGCAACGUCGCUGCUCAUCAUCAAAACUCAGGCCCGAUUUAGAGAGUUAGAAAUCAACAGUCUUGUAGGGUGACAUAAUUGACGACGUGUCCAAGGCACCCCGCGACCGCGAUUCAACAAGACUAGCAUGUCAGAAUUUUUCUCACAUCGUCGUCUAGUUUGACACUCUGACCUGGCGUUAACUAUGUGAAUCCUGACAUCUACCAUCAGGAGUGUUUGCUCCUUAUCUUUGCAUCAUCAUUUACAGGAUUUACCACUUUUUAUCCCUUUUUUAUUUCCUAAAACGAUGUGAAUUUUAUUUUAUUGACGUUAUCACAUGCAUACCUUAAGUUCAAUCUGAAGGAGAGACAGUCCAUAUUGUCCUCCUCUUGAUACAUCCAUACUUAUCCAUAAUCUAAUCCAUGAUUGUGUCUUUAUUUAUUUUUCUUUUUUUGAGCUAAAGUCGACUACAAUCACACAGACCGCUUCUGUAGUAGAGUGAUCGACACUCUUUGACCUGCCCCUGGACAACCUCUAAACUCACACUCAGUCACAGAGACAGUGGUGACGGCAGCAUACGGUGAGCAGUCAGGAUCACUCUUGUAGUGUGGCCAGGCUGUCGGCCAAGACGUGACAAGAUUUUGGUCGCAUAGUCUGACAUGGUGCCAUCGUGAACGACACAAAAAAUUGUGUAGUCUGAGCCGGCCUUUAGGCAGUUACACCCACAAGACUGCCUUCUUAUGUGGAAUUUAAGAAAGAAAGAAUGUGCAGCAUGUCAUUAACUGUUGUUGUAAUGCUGCACCUUUAUGCUUUCCACUGUAAAUGUUGAAAAUGUUAUCAAGUAUGAAAGCAAUGAACAGUGACUUCAGAGUGUAAUUCAUGAAUUAUCAGAGGCCCCACGCUGCUGCUGGAUCAAAUUUAAAAAAUCAUGGAAACCAAAAUGGGAUAACCUGAUCUUAUAUUUAUUAUUUUUAGGUAAAAACUGCAGGACUGAGAGCUUUAUUUGAUCAGAUUUAUUUAUUCAAAGUUCAUAAAUAGACUGACUGAUAAAUAUUUCCCAUGUGAUCAUGACCGGACCGUGACUCCGUCCUGAGAGUGCUUGUGGUUUCUGUUCUCUGUGGAGGAGCGAUACUCCGAGCUGUUAAACGUCUCCUCAUUUCGUCUCGUGGAGCUCAGGCGUCACCAAACCGAGGUUGUCUGAUGAAAAAAAUGACUGAUUCUUCCUUUAGCAUGCUUCAACUCUGGACUUACGAUGAUGUCAAAGGAAAAAAGUUGGACAAUCCAGAGAGACUUUUCUUGUGAGCACUGUGAGCGACUUUGAACGAGGUUUAAAAUGAGGGCGACUCGACUGACCCGCAUUUUCACAUCAGGAGAAAAAUCAUCCAAAGACUGGACAUUCCCCCUCACCAUGGCUCAGAUAAACCUUAUCAGCAGUGUUUCCUGGUCCAGUAUCUUCAGGUUUGUUUGCUUUGCUGCCUCAGAGUGUUGUUAAAGUUUGCAGAACUGAUGGACGAUUCUUCGGUUUCAUUUCAGUCAAAGUCUGACGGCACAAAGAUUCACUCGUGCUGCAUCGAACAGUCACACAGAAUUUAGGACAAAGAAGAAACUGUGGAAUUAUUUUGGACUUACUCAAAGAACUCGUCUGAUUUUUAUGGAUGAACUACAGCUCAACUAAACAUUCACUCACUGAUGUAAAAAUACAAAAUCAGAAUCUUUUUUUUUCCUCUUUGUGGAUUAUUCCCUUUUUCUUCUUUUUGUGCUUUAAGACAAUUGAAACCAGGUACAGGAGUUUUAACAAACUGCAUCUGGACUUCCUGGUGAUUUCUAUUACUUUGGAUUUGAUGUUUCUCUCACAGUUUGGAUCCGUUUGUCCUCAAUUUUCAAGCUCCUUAUUUCCUCUCAUAUCUUUGGUUAAACGGCUGCUGGACUCAAAGAGGGAGGAACAACUCAGAACAUUCGAAUAAUUUAACUAUAAGUCUGACAGAUGUUUAACAGAUAACACAAAUCUGUAUUAUUAGACCACAAGAAGUGACGUAAAGUGAAUUGUUCAGGAAUUCUGCAAAAUAAAACAUUCACUGAAAUGAUCA